AUGGUAACCGGUACCAAGUCGGUGGGCAUCUGGGCCGAUAUCAAAGAAUACCGAAGAGCAUAUAUUCUCACAGCAGUCGCCAGUUUUGGUGGUAUGCUCUUCGGAUGGGAUACCGUAUCGACUACAUAUAACACCAUGAUCAAUCGCGAAGCUGACAUCUUCGUAGNNGGUCUGAUUGGCGGCGUCUUGACAAUGGACUCGUUCAAAAACUCAUUCGCCCUUGUCGAUACCCCUGCUGCGUACGCAGACCUGUCCGGCAAUAUCGUAUCCGUUCUCCAGGCUGGAUGCUUUGUAGGUGCCGCUGCCAGCUUUUGGGUCUCUGACACUUUUGGUCGAAAAUCUGCCCUCAUCUAUGCCGAUAUCAUCUUUAUCAUCGGCAGCGUACUUCAGACUUGCAGUGCUCUCGGCAAUCGCUCUCUCGCCACUCUCUACGCUGGCAGAGUCAUCGGUGGGAUUGGUGUGGGUUUGAUCAGUGCUGUGGUACCCACGUAUAUUGGUACUAUGCAACUCUUCAAGUCAGUACCAAACUCCAUGACCGUUGAUACCACUGCUGACCGAAGGCNNAGUGUGACGGGCAUAAUGCUGUCAUACUUUGUCAACUACGGGGUGACUCGAUCCAUUUCAUCUGACGAUGAUGCCCAGUGGCGGGUACCUUUCGCUCUCCAGAUGCUACCCGGCGUUCUUCUUCUCAUCGGUAUCGUCUUCCAGAAUGAGAGUCCAAGAUGGCUUGUAGAGAAAGAUCGACACGAUGAUGCUGCUCGAGCGCUUGCUCAUGUACGCGGCCGCUCACAAGAUGACCCUGUCGUAACUAAAGAGCUAGGCGAGAUCAUAGCCGACUUCCAGAGUCAUGAGAAGAUCUCGUUGUUAGGACAACUGAGGACAGUCUGCUCUAAUCGAAAGUACUUUUAUAGGUACUCUAUGGCCAUCAUUCUCAUGAUGUUUCAGCAAUGGACGGGCACGAAUUCGAUCAACUACUACAGCCCCCAGCAAGNNAUAUUCGAGUCCAUCGGGUUGGGUUCAUCUGCUGGCCUCUUUGCUACUGGAAUUUAUGGUGUUGUCAAAGUUGUGAUUACCGCUUUGGCUUUAGCAUUCAUGACCGAGCAAAAAUGGAGCUUGAUUAUUGGCGCUCUUGGACAGGCCUUUGCCAUGUUCUACAUUGGCAUCAACCAAGCCGUUAAUCCGGUAGCCGAAGGCGCUCCUUUGAACGGCAACAGUAUCUUCGCCAUCAUAUCAGUCUAUCUGCUCAGCNCCAAUCAUGUCAGGUCUUUGGUCAUGGCAUCAGCAUUGAUGUGCCAAUGGGCAUUCAACUGCGUGAUUGCCAGAAUCACCCCCGUCAUGCUCAAUAGCAUCACCUACGGCACAUUUCUCAUCUUUGGCAUUUGUUGCAUCUUGAUGACCAUCUACACAAUCUUU